AUGCAGCAAUCAGUGGACUUGGAUGAGGCCCAGUGCCGCAAUGCGCUUUACAAGCUGCCUUGCGAACAACGCAUGGCUGCAGCAGAGCAGCAUCCCAACUGGUCACGGAUGACCUGGCAAGAGAAACUUCGAGCGACAAAGUCUCUAAAUGCUUCGCCGGUGUCCAGCCAGCCCUUCCUUGAGUUCACUCGAUCUAUGCCAGAGUUAGGCCAGGAGUUUCGUCGCCGGACAACUCCACUUACGCCUGCGAGCAUUCCAGAAACGCCAAUGGACGAGCGCCGGAGCCUUGAGGCGCGUGUGGCGCGUUGCCGACGUCCAGAAUCGUUGCCUCUCCGUCAGUCUCUUGCAGCACCUGACGCUGGGCAACAGGAGUGGCUGAAACUGAUUUUUGAAACCAGUGACGGGCUGAAGGUGGCAAUGGGUCACCAUAGAGAGGAGCUGCUUUGGGCGGUCAUCCGAGCAAUGAGAUUGCAGCAGGUGCAAGCGAAUGACACCAUCCUCCAACAAGGAAAGGUGGCCAGCCAGCGCAUGUACAUUGUUGCGGAGGGUGUUUUUGACGUUUUGGCACAGCGAUCCGAUGGGAGCUACGUCACUGUCUGCCAACAUGGUCCUGGCAGUGUUUUUGGCUCCUCCUCUUUGACAUCUGAUCCAUCUGGAGACCGAAGGGUCUGCGCCGCCACAGUCAGAGCAAGGUCUCAAGGUCAGCUGUGGACCUUGGAGAAGCGUGCGUGGGAACAGGCUCUUUGUGCACCUGCGGGUGCGAAGAGUAUCGGACUGGUGGGCGGAGUGAUGCUGCUCAUCAACAAUUUGGCAGGACCGACCAUCGUGUCAAUGCCAGCGCUGGCGCAAGAAGCUGGGUGGUUUUCACUCUUCCUUGUGCAGACAGUCGUGGCAGGCUUCUCCUCACUUUGCGGCCUUAUGCUGAUUGAGGCGAUGCGUUCAAUACCAGGAAACCACAGCUUCGAGCAGACAAUUGAAUUUACGAAUCUGGCAUCAUUCUACCUGCCUCACGAACUCUACGUAGGCACAAUGAUUUGCUACCAUGUGAACUCGAUUCUGAACCUGAUGUCAUUGAUCAUCCAAUCUGGUCAGGUCAUGGACUACAUUAUGCUGAAUAUAUAUGGCUGUGCUCCAGGUCUCCAGCUGGGUCUUCAAGCUGCUUAUGUUUGUGGCACUCAGACGGAUUCAGUGACUCCGUUUGGCGAUAGAUUGGUGCUCUCCAGCUCUAUGCUGGCAGUGGCUCUGAUUUGCGCUCCUUUCGCUGUGAAGAAUUUGGAUGACAAUGUAAUUCUGCAGUACUUGGCCGUGAUUGGGUUGAUUGUGAUGGCAGUGAUUUGGAUUGGCCUGUUGCUGUCCGAGCCAGCCUUCCCCAAUCCUUUGCCAAUCGCUACAGCCUCGCAAUCCUCGCUGAUUGGCACCGUCCUUUUCAACUUUGCCUUUACAAGCGCCUUGCCCUCCUGGGUCAAUGAAAAGAAACCUGACGUGCCUGUCGGGACAACUUUCUGGACGACCAUGUGCUUCGUGGUUGUGCUUUAUUCUGUAGUUGGCAUUGUCGGUGGCAUGGCGUAUGCGCCCUUCUACGACACCAACGAGAACCUGUUCAGCAAACUGAAUGCCGGCGGCUCCAAAGUGGGGCAAGCCACUGUUGCAGCUUAUCCAAUGCUGCAAAAUGUCACUUCAAUCCCAGUCCUGGCCAUCCUCAUUCGUUGCAAUUUGAUUCAGGGAGGUUUACCUCCUGCUGCUGCCACGUUCAUAGCCGUUGCUUUGCCGUGGCUCAUGAGCAUCCCGUUUUACACUGGCAGUGGCUUUGACACCAUUGCAGAGGUUGGUGGUUUGGCGACCUCCUCAGUGAUCAACUUUAUCAUACCUUUGAUAAUGUGA